AUGGUUACCGCCAAUUUGCCAGUACUCGCGAUUAGCAUCCUGCUUGCUCUGCAAACAUGUGCAAUCCCUUCCAUUCCUAAAUAUGCUCAUGGGAGCAGAUCUUCUUCAUUUCCGUCUCUAUCAGAGUCUUCAACUUCAAUCCUGCCCACAGGCACUGGGGCAUUUAUUUCGUCAGCAAUUGCGGAAUUUCAGCUUCAGCGGCUAGCUGAGAUCGCGCGCGAUUCAGUGAUUUCUGAUGUCACACAUGCCCCCCUGCGACACGAGGGAUGUACUCAGCAAACCAUGAGAAUGCGUCGUGAUUGGAGGGCCUUCACCCGGAACGAGAAGAAGGCUUAUAUCAACUCCGUGCUUUGCUUGCAGGAUUUACCAUCUCAAACACCCAAUGAGCUUGCUCCGGGAACCAUGUCACGAUAUGAUGACUUUGUGGCUACUCAUAUCAACCAAACGCUUAUAAUUCAUUAUACGGGAACAUUUUUGGCAUGGCACAGACAUUUUGUUUGGAGUUUUGAACAAGCCUUGAGAAAUGAGUGUGGCUAUAACGGCGAUAUACCAUAUUGGAAUUGGGGCGCCGACGUGGACGACAUGGAGAAAUCCGAAGUCUUCGAUGGAAGCGACACUUCCAUAUAUCUAUCUUCCCGCCGGCAGCGGCGGAGGCUGCGUAACAACUGGCCCUUUCAAAGACUACAUACUCAGCAUGGGACCGGCAGAUCUAGUCGAACCCGGCCGCGACGUGAGCGCGAGCCCACACCCUCAGACUACAACCCCCGGUGUCUACGCCGCGACCUGACGAGCGCGAUAUUGAAAAAAUCCAACAAAUUCAGCGACAUUGUGGCCCUCAUCACGCAGAGCAAUGACGUCUGGGACUUCGAAAUGACCAUGCAGGGAUUCCCGGACUCGGGACUCAUCGGCGUCCACGGCGGCGGCCAUUUCGCGAUGGGCGGCGAUCCCGGCCGUGAUGUCUUUGUCAGUCCGAGCGAUCCUGCUUUCUGGCACCACCACAGUAUGAUCGACUAUGUUUGGUGGAUUUGGCAGAAUUUGGAUUGGGAGAGGCGCGGGGAUGCUAUUUCGGGGACGGGGACAUUUUUGAACGAUCCUCCCUCGGCGAAUACCACGCUUGAUACGGUUAUCGAUGUUGGGUUUGCGGGUGAGGAUCCCAUUGCCAUGAGGGAUAUAAUGAGCACUACAGCUGGGCCGUAUUGUUAUAUCUAUGUAUGA